GCCCCCGACAGACAAUGAGAGCGGCGGGGCGUUGCUGAACGGCGGCGGCGAGAGCGACGCGGGCCCGGGGGCGGGGCGGGCGCCAGUCAUGGACAAUCAGUGCACUGUCCAGGUGAAGUUAGAGCUGGGGCACCGUGCCCAGCUGCGGAAGAAGCCCACCACUGAAGGCUUCACCCAUGACUGGAUGGUCUUCGUACGUGGCCCUGAGCAGUGUGACAUCCAGCACUUUGUGGAGAAGGUCAUCUUCCGGCUGCAUGACAGCUUCCCCAAACCCAAGCGUGUGUGCAAGGAGCCCCCCUACAAAGUGGAGGAGUCGGGCUAUGCAGGCUUCAUCAUGCUCAUCGAAGUAUACUUCAAAAACAAGGAGGAGCCGAGGAAGGUCUGCUUCACCUACGACCUGUUUCUCAACCUGGAGGGCAACCCUCCUGUCAACCACCUACGCUGUGAGAAGCUCACCUUCAACAACCCCACCACCGAGUUUCGCUGCAAGCUGCUCAUGGCUGGCGGGGAUGCCAACAAGGAGAGUGGCAAGGCUUCCAAACCACACAAGGUGGCCAGGGAGCACCGUGAGCGGCCGCGCAAGGACUCCGAGAGCAGGAGCUGCUCCAAGGAGCCAGAGCGCGAGCCCAAGAGUGCCAAGGAUGCUGCACGCAAGCUGCCCAAGGAGGAGAAGGCCCCAGUGCCCAAGGCUGCCUUCAAGGAGCCCAAGAUGGCCCUAAAGGAAACCAAGCUGGAGAGCCUGUCCCCCAAGGGGGUGCCCCAGCCUCCUACCCUGCCCAAGGCCUCCAGCAAGAGGCCAGCUGCCACAGACUCACCGAAGCCCAGCGCCAAAAAGCCUAAGAAGAGUGGGUCAAAGGGGGCACGGCGUGCACCAGGCACCUCACCCCGGGCCUCCUCCUUCCCUGACAAGAAAGUGGCCAAGGACAAGAGCAGCAAAGGUGACAAGGGGAAGGUGGAGAGCGAGCCACGGGAGGCCAAGCGGACUCUGCAGGCUGAGGACUCAAACUCAGAGGAUGAGGCCUCCUUCCGGUCAGAGUCGGCCCAGUCAAGCCCAGCUAAUGCCAGCUCCAGCUCUGACUCCAGCUCUGACUCAGACUUUGAGCCGUCUCAGAACCACAGCCAAGGACCCCUGCGCUCCAUGGUGGAGGACCUGCAGUCUGAGGGGUCAGAUGAAGAUGACUCAUCCUCAGGAGAGGAGAGCACCGUCAAGGCCAACCCAGGCCGGGAGUCCAGGCUAAGCUUCAGUGACAGCGAGAGUGACAACAGUGCUGACUCCUGCCUGCCUGGCCGUGAGCCCCUGCCUCCCCAGAAGCCACCUCCUCCCGGCAGCAAGGUGUCUGGUCGGAGGAGCCCCGAGCCCUGCAGCAAGCCUGAAAAGAUUCUGAAGAAGGCCACCUACGACAAGGCUUACACGGAUGAGCUGGUGGAGCUCCACCGGAGGCUGAUGGCUCUGCGUGAGCGCAAUGUGCUGCAGCAGAUCGUCAACCUGAUCGAGGAGACUGGCCACUUCAAUGUCACCAACACCACCUUCGACUUUGACCUUUUUUCCUUGGAUGAAAGCACUGUUCGCAAGCUGCAGAGCUGCCUGGAGGCCGUGGCCACAUGACCCCGGCUGCCACUGUGGAGCCACGGUGGGCAUGGUGGGCACGGGAGGGGCUGGACAUGAGGGCUGGCCCGCCAUGGCUUCCGCUCCCGGUACCACCCCCAACUAACCAUGGUGCCCCAGUGCCCCUCAGUGGUUGGUGUUGAAGGGGUGCUGCAGACCACACUUCCACAGGGCAGGGUGACAUAGGACACACGUGGUAUGCAGCCCCUCACUUAGUUUCUGCCAGUUGUCCAUUGUGGGCGGGACUGAAUGGCAGGUCACUGCCUGGGCCUCUCUGGGUGGCCUGGAUGACCACAGUCUUCCACACAGUUCACAGGCCUCCCUCAGCUGGCCUGCCUCCUAGACUCAAGGGUCCGUUAGCAUGGCCAGGGCCAGCUGUACACACCUGCCUCUGCCAUGCAGCCUUGUGUAUUGUGUGUGCUCCAGGUGCAUCCAGCUGCCAGGGAGGCUCAUGCCACCCCUCUGCUGGAGGCACAGAGGAUCUCCCCCCUAGAUCCCAGGAUGCCACUGCCUCUCGAGGCCCCAGGCCAGUGAACACUACAAUGAGCACCAAUCUUAGGACCCCAAGGGCCACCUCUGCAGCCAUGUGCCAGCCAAGCACUCACAGUUCCAAGGCUAGCUAGACUGGCGCUCCUGGGCCACCAUUCCCCAUGGGCCUCCUCCUCUGCUCUCUCACUGAUCAAGUCUUUGAACUUUGAAAACAUGAGCUUUUGCCAAAUACAGUAGGAUGGUGUGUGUGAGGCAGGCCCAACCCCAGACUGCCUCUGUUCCUGGCCACAUGGCUCUGCCUCUACAGUGCUCCUGGAGAGGCUUUGGACCUGUGCCCUGCAAACUGCCAAGGGUCAAGCCAGCCCCCUUCCCAUGUCUGAGCCUGGAGUGCUACCCCUUCCCCAACUCCAGUUGUCGGUGUUUGUGCCCCAACCAAGGUGUUUGAAAGAGGCCUGAGCUGAAAGUGGCUCACAGUUGCCUCGUCUGUGUUGCUUCCUCCCCAUUGUGGGUUUACCCCUGGAGGCCUGGCCUCCCAGCUCGCUCUCCCUGUCUCUGUCCCACUCCCAGACCAUCUGUCAGGAAGAUCCUGAGUACUCCCGGGGACCCCAGCCUCUAAGGCUUCCUUUACCCCCCAGGGAAAGGAGACGGACUCUGCCUGUAGCCCCUGUUCCCACUUCCUGUAGCUGGGAGGAAACAGGGCUUGUGUCCACACCUCUUUCCACAUAGGCCGACAAUACUCUCCAUCAGGUGUUCUGCAGCCUCUAAGCCUUUGCCUAGAAGGCCCUGGCAUUGUGGCAGCUGUUGGCCUCCACAUGGAGUGCGCCAGGGUCCUAAACAGCCUCAGCCCAGGGCACCAUUCUUCCUCUCACGGUUGCCAGUGGCCCAGCCCUUCUGCUGCCCUGGGCCUUGUUGUCUAGUCCUUCCAGAUGCUUCCAGGGCCUUCCUGAAAGUACCCACCCAUCUCUUCAGUUACCUCCUCUGGCCGGAAGGUCACACCACUGUCCUCCAGAGCCACUCUGGGGCCAAUACUGGCUAUCUGGAAGCCUAAAGCAGCAGCCUGCAGCCAGAGCCCUUGAGGGUUCUAGGGACUUGUCAUAGGAAGGGGUGGCACUGUGUCUGCCCUUGGUGAGUCCCUGUGCUGCAGCCUCCUGAACCAGUUCAUGACACUGAGUGCAAAAGGUAUUGGAUACCUAUCCCUCCCCAGGGCUUCACAAGACUUGUCUCCAUGAAUAGACAUGUCACUGGCCCAGACAAGCCCUGGACAGAGGGACCAGGAGAGCUGUGUUUGUAAUGAGCUGCAGGGCCAUUUGUCCGGCAUUUUAAACUUUUUGUUGUUGUUGUUAAAUUGUGAAAUGAUGGAGGAGUUUUAUAGAAAAUAAAGUGAGAUGGGAGCAGUGGGCGGCCUGCCUUCAAUUCAGUGAGGAAUGGGAAGAGCCGCGUGGGAGCCUGUUUAUUGGGGUGUUCCACAUCUGAGCUGUUCCCUUACAAGCAGGGGUGAGGGCUGCUUACAAUACAGUAGGGUCCUGGGGUGAUGGAUGGGCCAGCAGGAGGGUAGAAAUGGGAAAGAAGGUACCCCCUGCAGGGACUCUAGAGCCCAUGAGCCUCUGACAGCACUCACAUUGGGCCCAUUUCCCAGACCUGAGCUGCACCCAGAGGGCCACAGGUGCAUGAAUGACACCUGAGUGGCACACAGCCCAUAUCCUUGGCUACUACGCCCACAGGGCAGCCCCCUCUUGAGUUCUGUUAGAAACUGGGGGUUGGCCCAGGCACAACUCAACAGCACUGAGGCAGAAGCAGUUCAUCUUAUGGCUUGUCAGUAACCAGAGUCCCACUCCUGUCACUGCUAGAAAAGGGUCUGAGGUCUCAGUGCUGUUGGAUCUGAACAUCCGUAGUAAGCGAGCAGCCUCUGCACGGGGGCAGCCCAGGAUUAGUGUUCAGCAAUCAAAUGGACUCUUCUGGGAUUCCUUGAGUUUGACACUGCCAUUAUAGACCCUUCACUAACCAAGAUUCUGACUGCCAGUGUCGAUUGCCGCAAGCUGUUAGUGUGGCUGUUGUCAGACACUUGCUCACCUAAACUUGCUCCAGCAAAGGGAUCCAUGGGUGACUCAAAAAUAUAAAUGAUGGGAGACGGUUUGUUAAAAUGCUACCUGGCCAGCUUGGGACAGGGCCUUCCUCCCAGAACCCACAUGGAGCCAGGUGGAACAUGUGCACUUCUAUUGGGGCCUUUUAAGAUUCUUAUGUGUCUGUGUCAUGUUAGGGAGCUGCUACUGGAAGUGAGACAAGGGCGUUAGAUCCCCUGGAGCUACAGUCGCACUUACUCUAAGCUAUGCACUGUAGGUUCUAAGGACCACACUGGGAUCAUGGGAGAACAGCGAGCGCUUAGCACCAGUGAGCCCUCUCUUCACCCCCAGCUGCAAGCUGCAAGCUCCAAGGCAAGGGUUUCUGGGGCUGACUGAGCCAGUGGAGUCUGACCAUUUUCAGGUUCAGUGAAAGGCCCUAUUGGGUGGGAGGGAGGAAAGAAAGAAAAAAGGGGGGGGGGUGAUCUGAGGAGGGUUUGACCUCUUUUCCAUGGGCAUACAUGUACACGGUUUUUAUUA